AUGAGUCCUAUCGACACAGUUCCAAUACAGAUAUCGCCAUGGAAACCUGUUAAAAUAGCGGAUUUGGGUCCGAGGUACGAGAGGAUGGAUGUUAUUCGUACCUCAAACAUGUGGAGGUUGUUCCUUGGACACACGUUUAAUUAUCGUUCAUGGCAAGGAGAUUCGCUGUUCGUCCCUGUCAGGCUAAGGCGGAUCGAAAAUCUCUUGACAUUGCUGGGUGAGGAUAUACUGGACCCCACCCCAGCACCUGAGGUCGUAACUCAUUUCGCCAAAACGUUUACGAGUUCCGUCGAAAAUUUAACAUUGAACGCUACUUUUCUGCUAAUGCACAUUUGCCUAACGAGUUUGUAUAAUACAAUGCUAAGAACCUGCGGUAAACAUGACUGUGUUCCGAGUAAUCGAAUCGCAAGUUCAAUACUUUUUGCGCGCAAAACUCGGCCUAGACUUCGCUGCGAUACUUUGAAGUUCUUUCAGUACUCACCGAGGGCGAGGAAUAUUACAGGAGGAAAACAGACUUUAGAAAUCACUUUGGCAGAACUCAUGGAUGAUGGUAUCGAGAUAGAAGAUAAGGUAAACGAAAAUUCUGGAAAAGUUUCGUUGGAGCUGACAACAGUAAGGCAAAAACCUAAAAUGGAUGCAACCAUAUUCAAUUUAUUAUUCGAUCAUCAAAUACACUUGGACAAACCGGCAGAUUUGCGCUGCAAAGGUUGUCAUGUUGACGUAUUCAUGUUGGAAGCGCUAAACAACAGUAUGAAGAAAUUUUCCACCUUGACAACUUUGAAAUUACAACGAUGCUUCAUAGAUGCAUUUGGAAUUGUGAAAAUAGCAGAAAUGCUAGCCGAACCCAGUUCCACAAUAAAAGAUUUGAAUUUGGACAUGAACCCGAACACGAAACAAAACCAUCACUUUCUUUGUGCCGCAAGGACUAAGCUUCUUUAUCUGUCACUCAAAAUAUGUGAAAUUAACGACGAUGGAGUGGCAAAAAUAGCUUCAAAUCUGUCUCACCACGACGAAUCAUGUACCUCCUCGUUAAUCGUACUCAAUCUAGCAAAUAAUACUAUUUCUCAAAUAGGGGCGGAAAAGAUCGGUAAUAUGUUACGGACAAACAGAUCCUUACAAAGCCUGACAUUAACUGGAAAUAAAAUAAACGACGCAGGUGUGAAAUGUAUUCUCGACCAGUUGAGCCCGUUUACUCUGACGCACGCCGAGGUAGUGGAAAAGCGAUGGAGAAAGAUUAACCGAUUGAAACUCCGCAAGGAAAAAAUGGACAAUCUCUCCAGCCUAGCCUUAAGAAGUGGAUCUACAGUCUCUGAAAGCAAAGAGCGGGGUCGCGAUAGUCGUAUUUCGAAAAAACGAAGAGGUUCGGAUUGAUUUGAUAUUACAUAGUAUCAGUCAUUCGAGGAACGAGCAGAAGCCAUGAUUCCGGUUGAUACCCAUCCUUUGGUGAAAGACCUUAUCCAAGUUAACGGAACUCUUAUAUGCCCGGGAAAUUUUAGGCUGCAGCACUUGAACUUGAGCUUCAACCAACUCACUGAGACGACAUUACGGCGUAUAAUUGAUUGCAUUCAGAAGCAGCAAUCUAAGUCGAACGGCGCCGAUAUUACAAAAGGGUUAUGGCAUGUAAACGUAGAACAUAAUAAUUUUGAUAUAUCUUGCGAUCUUGCAAGGCAGUU